CUAGACUCUGUAGGCAUUCAUCGAUCUUAACUUCUUGCUUUUUUGUCCGUGCCUCUUCAUACAUCACAGAAACAUCUUGUUUCUGAUAAGAAAACAAAAUAAAACAAAACAAAACCAAAAGAGAAAGAAAGAAGACCAUAUGGAUUAUGACAGUAAUAGUUGGAUUUGGGAGGGGGUAUACAACCACCCUUGGGUGUUGGGUGGUCUAAUGGUUACAGCAGCCUUGCUGGGACUGUCGACGAGCUACUUUGGGGGGAUGACCAACUCCUGGUCUCAUUUGGAGAUUUUCCCUAAGAAGAGAUCCGGUAAGAGGCAUGUUCGUGUUUACAUGGAUGGUUGUUUUGAUCUGAUGCACUAUGGCCAUGCCAAUGCACUCAGACAGGCAAAAGUUCUAGGAGAUGAAUUGGUUGUGGGUCUGGUGAGUGAUGAGGAGAUCCUCGCCAAUAAAAGCCCGCCUGUUUUGUCCAUGGAGGAGAGGAUGACCCUUGUUAGUGGAUUGAAAUAGGUGGACGAAGUCAUAACUGAUGCUCCUUAUGCAAUUACUGAGGAAUUCUUGAAUCGUCUUUUCUAUGAAUACAACAUUGACUAUGUCAUACAUGGGGAUGACUGUUGCCUACUUCCAGAUGGAACAGAUGCUUAUGCUACAGCAAAGAAAGCUGGCCGAUACAAGCAAAUUAAAUGUAUUGAAGGAGUUUCCAGCACAGAUAUUGUUGGUAAGAUUUAUCUCUUCUUAUGUUCGAAGAUAGCAGAAAUCUUGUGUUGUUGAUGGAUAAAGUUAAUUUUCUUGUUCCAAGUGUUAUAUUGAUAAAAAUUGGGUGGUAGGUAAAAGCUAAUUAUG